AUGAAUACACGUGAGAUAAACCUACAAGUGCGGGAAACUAGAGUGAGAGAAUUCAAAUCUAGUGAAGCUGGAGAUUCUGGUUGUUAUGCGAUUUAUAUUUAUGCGAAUGGGCCUCGUCAAAAACCUUGCGAGCGCUCGAAUCCAUAUUUUCAAAGAAAACUUGAUAGGGCCCAGAAAUUAGGAUUCUCAUCACUCCAAAAGGUUACAGUUGCUAUGCGAAUGUUGGCUUACGCAUACUCUGCUGACUCAAUUGACGAAACUUUCCAUAUGGCAGAGACAACCGCAACCGAGACCUUGCGCGAAUUUUGCAAAACAAUAUUGCGGUUGUAUAAAGAUGAGUACCUCCGUGCUCCGACAAACGCAGAUAUGACAAGGCUACUUGACAAAGCGGAACGACGUGGGUUCCCUGGAAUGAUCGGUUCACUAGACUGUAUGCACUGGACAUGGAAAAAUUGUCCAACUGCAUGGCAGGGGAGCUUUUCGGGAAGAAAACAUAAACCCACAAUUAUUCUUGAAGCAGUAGCUUCAUCUGACACUUGGAUAUGGCAUGCAUUCUUCGGCGUACCCGGUUCACAAAACGAUAUCACUGUCUUGGGUCGUUCACCCUUGUUCGACAACCUUGUUCAAGGAAUUUCCCCAAGAGUUCACUAUCAGGUAAAUGAAAAAGAUCACUACAUGGCAUAUUAUCUUGCUGAUGGCAUAUACCCAAAAUGGGGUACGUUAAUUCAAUCUAUUAAGCAGCCGAGAACACAUCAAGAACAGUUGUUCUCAAAAAUGCAAGAAGCAUACCGCAAGGAUGUUGAACGAGCUUUUGGAAUUCUUCAAGCCCGAUUUGCUAUAGUGAAGCAGCCUGGAAGAGGGUGGAAUCUGAAGGACCUAAGAAAUAUUAUGAUGACAUGUAUCGUACUCCACAAUAUGAUUGUGGAAGACGAACGAGAUGAAUACGCUGAUGCUGAGUCAGAUGACGAUGACAACAACCCAGCCACAUCUCGCAGAGCUCGUGCCAACAGUUAUGAUAGAAAUGAGGAAUUAGAUUUAAACCCAAGAACAAGCGGUAUAUCCAUAAUUGAUUAUAUGAGGCGUCGUCACACAAUGCGAUCGGUUGAAGUAAAUCGUAACCUUCAGCGUGAUUUAAUAGCUCAUGUGUAAUAAUUUUACUUAAGUUUUUAUUUACGAAUUAAGUGUUUGGUUUUAUUAAGAUUAUGUUGUUAUUUCGAAUUGAAUUAAGUGUUUGGUUUUAUUAAGAUUAUGUUGUUAUUUCGAAUUUAUAAUAAAAAGUAAAAUAAUC